CGUUGCAUGAGAUUUCAGCCUGACCUCAGUGCUGCCAGUGCUCUGUAGGAACACUCUCUCCUCAAGCUCACCACUGGCUGUCUGCAGGACUCUGGUCAAAAAUCCUACCUUUUAGAGGAAUAAUGGGUUCCUAUAACUCCAACCUGGAUGAUAUCAUGGAGGAGGACAUGCACCACUGGUACGCCAAAUUUAUGAGGGAGUCUCCUUCAGGACUUAUAACCCUGUUUGAGCUCAAGACUAUGCUUGACAUGAACGGUAUGACAGAGGAGUCCAGCAGCUAUGUGGACCAGGUCUUCUACACCUUUGACAUGGAUGGGGAUGGCUACAUAGACUUUGUGGAAUACAUUGCAGCAAUAAGUUUAUUACUGAAAGGAGAAAUUAACCAGAAACUAAAGUGGUACUUCAAGCUCUUUGAUCAAGAUGGAAAUGGGAAAAUUGACAAGGAUGAACUGGAGACCAUAUUUAAGGCUAUUCAAGAUAUCACCAGGAAUUACGAUGUCCCUCCAGAAGAGAUUGUAAUUCUUAUAUAUGAGAAGAUUGAUGUCAAUGGAGAAGGUGAGCUGACACUGGAGGAGUUCAUCAGUGGUGCCAAGGAUCAUCCCGACAUCAUGGAAAUGCUCACCAAGAUGAUGGAUCUUACCAAUGUCCUGGAAAUCAUUGUUAAAGGCCAACAGAAGAAAAAUGUGACUUGAAUCUAGAAACAACGAGCUGGAUUGCGGGACGAUUCAGAACUUUGUUGGAGGGUUUUCAGCAUGCAGUAGUGUUGAUGAAACAGUAUAUUUGCUGGAUUGGUGAAGAGCCAAGUCCUGUCUUAAACUGCACAGAUUGAACUGAACAAACAGACUGAGCAGUUCCACACAGUAGAUCUCCCUGAGGGAAGCAGAGACGUUGUCCUCUUCCCUCUGCUUGUGCUCUCACAUUUCUUGAACUGUGGCCCUUUUGUUUUACAAAGUUUACCGGGUGAUGUGUUUGGAAAGUCUCAGUGAAGGCAUCAUGAUCACCAUCACGGUUCAAGUAGAUGGUGCAAAGGAAGGUGAUUAAAUGUCUUUGAUUUUGUUUAUUGAGAUUAGCAGGAAAUAUUGUAUGGGACUCUUGGUUAACGGAACUGUCAGGUACAAGAAGACAACUGCCAAACACUUAAUGCCUACGUUGACCCUGUAGAUCUAAAACACUCUCCCAUGUCACAUCAAUCUACAUGAAAAUUGCACUGCUGCUUGUUUAAAAUUGGAUGCUAACUGAAUACACCAACUGAAUGUAAAACUGACAUGAAA